CUGCGGAUGUUAACGGACUCACGUGUCGCUGCUCGGCUGGUUUCCUCGUUGUCUCUUGUGUUGUGGACUCGUUGUGUUGUGUUUUGUGUUGUGCACUCGUUGUGUUGUCUCCGUGUCUCCAGGAUGUCCGCGUCUCUGCUGCGGAGAGGACUGGAGCUGCUCAGCCACGACAUCAAAGACGUCAAUAAAGGGAAGAAGAAGAAGAGGAAGCAGCAGCAGACCCCCAGCUCAGCCACCGUGAUGGACCUGGUCAGCACCAAGCGGCAGGGGGUCACCAAGCAGGUCAAGCUGCUGCAGGGGCGCCAGGGCCACGGCAAGAGCAAAGCCACGGUGAAAAACAAGAGGAUCAAGUCUGCAGUGGAGGAGUUCAGGAAGAAGCAAGGGAAGAGCCACAUGGAGGCAAACCUCAAGUACUUUUUGGGAACCGUCUGCAAAACCACAGAUAAAGACACGUCGAAGAUCCAGAAUCACAACACAGGGAGACAGUCCAGGGAUCACCCGGAGCCACCGGCCAAGGAGCCCAAGGCGGUGGAGUCGGUGUUCACAGAGAAGGAGUUCCAGCAGUUCCAGAAGGAAUACUUUGGCAGGACUGUCGAGCAGAAGAAAUGAAACAAACACAAAGACACUGCAGCAUGAGGAGAGACGUCUGGGCUGCAUUUUGUGGAUCAGAGUAGAUUCCCUGGACCGGGCUAUGAUCUGGAAGUUGGAUCGACUUCACGUCUCAUAAAGAAAGAAGGAAACCAGGAGGAGAAACGCUUGUAUUCGCUGCUGGUGUUUGGACUUCACACACGGGGAACAUUUGAUUUACCAGCAUGGAAUAUAAUGGGCUGUUAUUCAUACAACAUGAGGAAAAAGAAAUGUAAUUGUGCCUUGAUAUUUUAUAGUUUAACCAUAAACUUGAGUAACAAAACGACAAAUACAAUAUAAAUUGAACGGGAAUUAAGAAAAUAAACUGUAAACAUAAAUACACAUCAUUUCUGCAUUAUUUAUUCUAUAGAAUGCAGUUUUCAAAUCAGUGCAUACUGGCUACUAGAUACUUUUGGACAGGCUCUGGUUAUAGACGUUG